CCUAUAAAUAGCCCGAACGGCACGGGGAAGGGCAUCAGAACGGAGCCAGCGCUCGUGAAGAAAUCAUCUCUAGAAUUUCUCCACAACUUCAAAAUCAAAUCUAAUUCUUACAAAUCGUAACCAUGGCUCUGGGAAGCGAGAAUCAAACGUCUCUGUUCUACAACGAUAACUCCUUGUCGCCGGCGAGUGGUGGCGCCUCCGUUGUCCGGCGGAAUGCCCGGGAACGCAACCGCGUCAAGCAGGUCAACAACGGCUUCAGCCAGCUCCGGCAGCACAUACCCGUGGCCGUAAUUGCCGACCUGAGCAACGGUCGUCGGGGCAUCGGUCCCGGUGCCAAUAAAAAACUCAGCAAAGUCAGCACUCUGAAAAUGGCAGUCGAAUAUAUCCGGCGACUCCAGAAAAUGAUCGACGAGAACGACCAGCAGCAGCAACAUCAACAGCAACAGCAACAUCAGCAAUUGCAACAGCAACACAUGCACUUCCAGCAGCAGCAGCAGCAACAGCAACAGCAACACCAGCAGCAACACUUCUACAACUGGCAGCAACAACUGCAGCUCAGUUCACCCACUGGCAGUGUCAGUUCUUGCAACAGCAGCAACAGCUCGUACUACACUCCUUCUGCAACAUCCGCCACAUCUGCAACAUCGCCCGUUGCAGUUGCCACCAAAUUGGAAAACAGCUACGAAGAUUACCGCAACAAUUCCUGCAGUUCCGGCGCCGAGGACGACGACAUCCUCGACUACAUCUCCCUCUGGCAGGACGAUCUGUGAGCAAGUCCCAAAGGACUCACCAUCCUUUGCUAGUCGCAUUCCACACAAACACACUACAAACCAUUGAUUGGCCAACAAGAAGUAUUACCUCAGCCGCAAAGUAUUUAUUAUCCAAAACACCUAACAACAUACAACUUUUUUUUUAACCUGUACAAAGUAUUAUGUAGGAGAGCGCUGUAUGUGCCUGGUUUUUAUAUAGUUUAUAAGAAGCUUAGCCCUAAUCUAGUUCAUAAUGGAAGACAAUGUAGUUUUAAGAUUUAUUUUUUUUACAAACAACAUGGAGGACAUUAAACUGAUAAUUAUAAAAGAAA